GACCACAGUCUGAUUGGUUGGUGUAGGCGGGGACAGGUGUACUGUACUGGUGUAAUGGAGCGCGUGCUGUGUUCAGGCUUUUGAGCUUCUGAAAUGGAAAAGGUCCAACGAAGCCCUGAAAAAGAGCCAGCUCCAUCCAAACAGCGAUUGACGCGAUGUGUACUCGGUGCAGCGUUUUUUGGAGCUCUUGGCUCCUCCUUCCUGUAUGGCUACAACCUGUCUGUGGUCAACGCCCCUGCCAAGGAUAUAAAGGCGUUCUAUAACUUGACAUGGAUGACACGCUACGGUGAGCCGGCAAUGGUGGACACGCUCACUUUGCUCUGGUCUAUCACUGUGUCCAUAUUUGCGAUUGGAGGCCUGAUGGGAGCGCUCACUGUCCCCUUCCUUAUUAAAGUACUGGGCAGGAAAGGCACUCUGCUGGCCAAUAAUGUGUUGGCAGUGAUCUCCGCUCUAUUAAUGGCUCUGGGUGAGAAAGCAGGGUCAUUUGAGAUGCUCAUCAUUGGUCGCUUCAUUGUUGGCAUGGAUUCGGGAGUGUCUCUCAGUGCAUUGCCGAUGUAUCUGGGUGAAAUCUCUCCACGACAGUACCGUGGCUCCAUCGGACAGUUCAAUGCCGUCUUCAUCUGUCUUGGAGUUUUCACCGGACAGCUGUUCGGCCUUCCCGAGAUAUUCGGCCAUAAGAACAGAUGGAACUUCCUGUUUGCCUUUAUCGCAGUUCCUGCCAUUCUGCAGUUGUGCGUUUUGCCAUUUUUGCCGGAGAGCCCGCGAUUCCUGCUGAUGGAGCGCAGAGAUGAAGCUCGGGCUGAAAAAGCAUUCCAGUCAUUUUUGGGAAAGGAGGAUGUGAGUGCAGAAUUGGAGGAGGUGUAUGGAGAGAUUAGAGUGCAGAACACUCAGCAGUCUGUGUCUUUCUUCCGUCUCUUUCGUAAUCCUUCUAUCCGCUGGCAGCUCAUCACUGUCAUCACCAUCAUGAGCAGCUAUCAGCUGUGUGGCCUUAAUGUUAUCUGGUAUUACACUAAUGGGAUAUUUGAAGGUGCAGGAUUUGACAAGAGCACAAUUCCUUAUGUCACCCUCAGCACGGGAUUCAUCGAGACGCUGGCAGCCAUCAUAUCGGGUUUGGUGAUUGAGCGUGUUGGACGGAAGCUGUUGCUGAUAUUUGGCUUCUCAGCGAUGGCCUUGUGUUACAGCCUCCUCACUGUCUUCUUGCACUUCCAGGACAGUUAUUCAUGGAUGCCAUAUAUGAGUUUCAUCUCCAUAUUGGCCCUGAUUGCUUCAUUUUGCUCUGGCCCAGGUGGUAUUCCCUUCAUUCUGACCGGUGAGCUGUUUGAGCAGACAUAUCGUCCCGCUGCGUUUCUAGUCGCCGGAAUUGUAAAUUGGCUGGCAAACUUUAUCGUGGGCCUCAUUUUCCCAUUCAUACAGGAGUCGCUUCAGAACUAUGCUUUCUUGGUCUUCGUCUUUGUGUGUGUCUUCGCCGCCAUCUACAUCGUCGUUGUCCUCCCCGAGACCAAGAACAAAACCUUUGUGGAGAUCAGUCAAAGUUUUGCCAAGAUCAAACAUCCCCCAGAGUGUAGAAGCGGAAAUGGAGGAUGUUCUGGACGUCCAAUCAGAAAAGACCAGUGCAACGGGCGUGAAUUCUGAAACUGUUAAUGCUAAAUAUCCAGACAGGAAUCAUGAAAAUAAUGGCGUGGUGCAAUCCGAGAGCUCUUUCUAACCCUGCACCUUCGUCAUAUGACUGUUCACAUGCAUGGUCAUGUUCAGCAGUAUACAGUUUUAGUUAGAAAUAAAUUAGUUUAGUUAUAAGGUGCAGAAAUAAAUUUUUUACUCAGAGGUACGCUAUUGUUAAUUUUAUUUUAAAUUACGCUAACAUUGGUGCUAAGAUAAUUUGGAUACAUGAGCAUAUAUUAAAAUUUAAGCUAAAUCUAUUUACAUCUCUUUCUAUUAACUAAACUUAGGUCAUGCUGUAGUUCUAGGAGAAAAGCCUUGAAGGCAGCUACUAUUGAAAUUUACUUAGAAUUGCAGCUACCACUGACCAAUACUAUAUUUUCACAUUAUUAUUCAAUGAAAAGAUAAUUAUGCUACACUUAUGUUACACUUAACAUGACCUAUUCCCCCUUUUUAUUUAACAUCCCUCUAUCACAAUUUAUAUUAUUAAAUACACAAUUUCCCUCUAUUUGUAAGAUUUGUUCAAUGGAAUAACACAAAAAUAUUACUGAUGCCAUAAAUUGAUACAUUUUUUAAUGUUUACAAUAAUUGCUGCUAUGACCUACUAUAAUAAGUUGUAGUAAUAUUUUGAAAAUGUAUAUAUUUAUAUUGUUAAACACUCUUGAAUAAAUGUCUGAUUUGAAAUUUUAAA